AUGAGCACGAUACUCCACGGCGGCCACGGCGACUUCGGGGCCUGCACCACCCGCCAUGGCGACAAAGCCGCGACGACGCACACCGAGACGAUAGCAGUGAGCCACGCCGCCGCACCAGGCGCCGCCCUCAGCCUGUUCGAGUCCAUCAUCACCUCGUACCCGCCCGUCCUGGAGUCGCUCCUCGCCCAGAUCUCCACCGUCACCCUCCUCGAACUCUACCACACAUCACGUCACUUGCGCCACUUCCUGCAGCAGUACCCCCUCGCAUGGAAGACGCUCUCCUUCCGCCUGCCCCAGCCCGCCGUCGCAGUGGGCUCGCCCGGCAACGAGACGCCUGAGAACCGGGAACGCCAGUCCAAGGCCUACUCGCUGAACGCCCUGCUCAUACAGACCAUACUGCCGAACGGGUCACGAUUGACCAGCCUGGACCUCUGCAACACGGCCGUGGCUGGCGUCUCGCUCAUCGGCGACGUAGUUGGCCCGCGCAAAGACACCCUCCAGCAUCUGUCGGUACGCGGCUGCAAGAACGUCUCCAUCAAGUACCACAUCGUGCCCUUCCUCGAACCCUACACACUCAAGGACGCACCCUGGAUAAAGAAGGACCUCGCUCUGAAGAGCCUGUACACCUACCGCUGUCGACACCACCGCCGGCGGCCCUAUCUGCCCUCCUCCCUCAUCCGGCGAGACUCCGAUUCCGACCCUACCCACCAGCUCAUCGAGAUAUGCCAUCAGUUGGGGAUAUGGACAGAUACAGCGUGGUGUCCGACACCGGGCGGCAGGUGCAAUCGGAGGAAGGACUACCACGCCGGAAGAGCAGGACCCCAGAACAUGGAAGUCUGGGUACCCUUUGACCGGUUAUGGCGAUCGAGCAACCGCAUUGGCCCGGUAGAAGGCACGACAAAGCUGGGCGAACACGAUGGCAGAUUAUGGGAGAUUGCCGAGACAGGAGAGGACGGCGAGCCACUCGGUCCCGAAGACGGGAACUCCGCCGGAGAAGGCAAACAUGUCCCGGUGCACGAGCGGAGGAGCCACACUGCCUUUGUUGAAGAGGUCAAAUGCGCCCAAUGCAACGAUCCCAUCCUGGAGCGAUGCGAGUCGUGCAGUGUCCGCAUGCACUGCAUGGGCUGCAGGAAGACGCUCUGUGCGAGCUGCGCCUUCAACAGGCCGAUACCCAGGAAACGGGUUAAGACACGGCACUUUGCAAACCUGGCUUUUGGCAACAGUAGCACAUUGGGCGGCACACUCGGUCACGCGUCAGGGUCUUCUGGACCACUGGAAGACCGGAGUCAAGAGGAAAAGGCCGACCAAAACCGCUUCUGGUGGGCCCCAGGUGCGAGCCGAUCACCGAACCUCAUGAACGAGGGUGCACAGGAUGAUGACGACUCGGAUUCCGAAGACGGGAACAACGGUAUGCCUGUACCACCUGCGAACCGCGAGCCUCCAAAAUUGAACAUGCAUUGGUGCUGUCUUGAGCCCAUCUUCUCUGGCGGUGGCGGUAUUGCUGUUCUGGGUACCGGACUGGGUGGCCGAGGAGCGGAUAAGAUACGCGCAGCGCCCUUACCUCGCACGAAGGAGUAUGAGGAUCCGGACUUCAGCAACACACUUCGACCCGUGGACUACGUCCGGGAGCUGAAGAAUAACGGCCUGUACGAAUAUGUGCUUGGGGAAGACGUUGAUAUCCUUUCGUACCUGAAGCAGGAUUCGCUCGACCUGCAACAACAAACAUGUCCGAGAGGGCUAUGUAACGACUGCUAUCGAAGCUUCCGGUGGAAAGUGUCAUGUCGGGCUUGCAAAAACCCCAUAUGCAAGGAGCAUGACUUCAGGGCGCUCAAGGUCCGCAAGUGUGGCUAUCGGGACCUACAUACAGAGCGGGACCAUGUGCGGUCACACAACGAGCCGCCACAACGCCUCGUCAUACCCGAGUUCAACCCAAAUAGGGCCAGUACACCGGAUCCUGAACGCACACCCACAGCGUCGUCAUCGCAUCUAGACUUCUACUCCACAGGUGACAAUGAGUCUGAAUCCUCCGAGACACCCAUGUCUCAAUCGCAGAUCAUGGUUGCUCCCCAACACUCGUCAAUCGAUAUGUCGACCACCACAUCCUUCAAUUCCAUUUCAAAUCCCGAGCCUUUCCAACUUGCCACCUCGCUAUCGUUUGUUCCCAUCAGCUCUGGUCGUCCGCGUUCCUUCAGUGUGUCUGGCGUCCGCGGUCGACCCACCAGUGCUUGGCCGCCGAAUUCGCAACGCGUUCCUAUUAAUCACCCAUGUCCAGCAAUUCUCAAGGAGUGCUCGGAGUGUGCGGUUCUUGUUUGCGAUCAAUGCGCAUCAUCGAAUCCAACUUGCACGUGCACAUUCUGCACUGUCAACUACCACUGCCCGACAUGCACACACAAACCCAAUGUUCGUGCCAAAUGCCGGCUUGAGGCGGAGAUCAAACAAAAGAAAGAAGAGCAACUUCGUGCCAUCGCCAAGCAGAGGAAAGACAAAGAAGAGCGCGGGCAAGCAGAUGAGCUGGCUGGACAGAUGUUCGAGUUCUUCACAACAGUCUAUGAUGAGAGCACUGUCAACCCGACCAUGGAUGGCCCCUCAUCAUAUGCACACGAGCUACCCAUCCCGAGCCCGGACUCUAUCACCGUGACAACAGAAUUCGGCGUCAUGGAGGAACCCGCAAACUUGACCACCAUCAGUGCGUCGGGGCCUUCGCCGUACCACGCUGCCUACGACCAUUCUGACGAUGAAGAGAACAACGUCGAGAUGACCGAAGACGUGAAUGAGGAGGUGGAGGCACUUCAACAAGGACUAGCGCAGAUGCACCUUACUCCUGUGCCAGGAAUGAGUGCCCAUAUACUGCAUCUACCGGUAGACGUCGAGGCUGAACAUGUCCAACAUGACAACGAGCAAGAACAGACUGAGGAAGUCAACGACACCGGUGCAGAGGCGGAUAUAGAUACCGAUGAACUUGACGCAGGUGCCGAAAGCACCUUUGUCGAUGAGUCCGGCGACGAUACCCUCGGUGGUGGUAUCCUCACACCAACCACCACACUUACGGCAUGA